AUGUCUUCUUCAGACGACUACAACAUAUUUGGGGCGGUUACUGGUGCACUGGGUACCAUGGGCUUAGUGCAAAUACUCUGGGUCGUCAUCAAGAGCCAGCUACCAUCUUCGAAGCUCAAAGUGUUCGACCAGACAUUCGAAGAAACAGAAUCACUUCUCCGCUUGGUGUCCGAGGAAGGUAUAUUCGUCAACAGUGAUUAUAUCGCGGUAACCAGGCGGGAUUUAAUUCGCAUUCGAGCCCGCUCAGAGAAGUAUCGGAAUGCGACGUACUGUGCUACAACAUUCUGGAAGCAGCUUAAGGGGAUUGUAACAGGACUCUCGCGCAAGAUUUCCGUCCUUUGCGAUGAAGUCGUAGAAGUACGAGCUAACAUCUCGUCUACAACCGAGGAGACAAGAAACAAACUCGGGGGCGAGCGCGGCGAGCAGGUUACCCUCAACUGGCUUCCUAUGUCCCCAACUGCCGAAGUAUCCCCCACAGAUAAUGCACGGCCGUCAGAUGCUUCGAGCUGUUCCAUUUGGCAGCGCUCCAAAGCGUUUAUUGUUAUCACCACGAGUGACCUGGCGACUACUGUUCGCAGCCACAUCCCUGUUAAAGCUUCUCCGGCGUCUCCUGAUGAACCGUCAUUUCCCUCGUCGUCCGCGCUUUCAAGCCAGCCAGAUUGCCCAGUCUUCUCAACUCCUCUUCCGUCGACGACGAGCAAUAUCAGUGAAUUGCAGUCUUCAUAUAAUGCGACUGAAAUUGCGACCGCCCCACAGUCGACGUGUCGGCGGUACAAAUAUUUUUCCCGUAAUACAUGGGGCCUUCCGCGUAACGUUCGGCGCAUGCUACAGAAAAUCGACCAGGAACUCGCUGCGCGCGACAUUACCCAUCCUGCACUCUCGCGACUCUCUAAGUCCAUACGCCUGGGAAGACGGGGUCGCAGAUCACUCGCAGCGUUGCACACGCACUAUGUCCGAGCUACGGCAGCCAGAAACAGUACAAAUGUCGAGAGGUGCGCGCAUGACCAGGUUGUGUCGAAGUACGAGGAGGACGGCUGGGAGGACGAUGAUGAGAUUGACAUGCUCAGUGGGGUGCCUCAGUUUUUGUAUGCUCAUGAUCGCAUCACUAUACACCCACCAGGCUUGGUGUGA